CACACAGUACUAUGUACUCGUUUAAUGCCACAGCUUUCAGACCAGGAAGGGAAGACUGUGAUUGUAUCCUCACUUAUUCUAGUAUGGUAGUUGCCAUGGUGAUGCGUGUAGGUGGUGUAGUCCGUGCUGUACUCUGCGCUGUACACCCCCCCCCCGCCCCCCUUCAUCUCCCUCUCCCUCGCGCUCUCCCUCUCUUGCCUAUACUCUGACCAUGUAGGCCUACUCCAUCAUACAUCGCUCUACAUAGUUAUUGCGGACCUUUUUAAUGACAUCGUGUGAUCGUUGACUUCAUUGUUUUGCACCAGUCUCUGCGAUGUCGGUCGUUUCAUUGCUUAAUCUCCCCCUGUUAUUAGUCCCUCUGUUAUUUCAUCAGUUUCCAUGGCGAUGGGCUUGUGAGUGAGUGAACGGGUGAAUGAGUGAGAUUGAUGGAGAAGGCAGAACAUCUGGUAUAGUCUCUUGUUUAAUUGUGUGGUCUGCAGUAGGCCUACCGAAUCCCAUGUUGUUGUUUUUUCUCCAAAUGUGAGAAUCUCAUGCUGUGAUUUGAUGGGCCUCUGCAGCAGAAAUUUAACUUGUGCAUAAAAACAAUACACAGGCCAACCUGCAUUUGAUUGCACAAAAAAUACUUUGAAUCUAGAAAGGAUGUUUUUGAGUCAGAAUUUUGUUGAUUUGCUGAAUUUCAGGGAUUUCACAUUUGUAACAUUAAAACACAGGAUUUAUAUACAGCCCUGGCUGCCGGCUUUUGGAAACAAAUGAAUAAAAUUGCCUUUUCAAAACUAAUCAGAACUCGAUUACCAUCACCAUAUAGCUCUUUUUACCCCCACCAUGCAAGGUUUUUUUUCCUUGGCUCUCGACAAACUGAUAAGAAGUGCACGGUGCCGUGGUACGGAGGCGUUGGUUUCCGUUUAACGCUCAUCUCCGCCCUUGAGGGAGCGACUUCGAGCUCUGCCGAGCGUCUUGUUCGCAGAUCCAUACACAACCACAGAUAGCCCCCCAAAAACGAGCUGCGAUGGCCAAGAGAGGAACGCGCUGGUAAACAGACCUCGGCGACCGUCUCCGGUGAUUUUACGCGAUGAAUUUGGACGUUAGAGACUGCGUCCCCUCUCCUCCUCCGCGCGGCGGGAUGAACUGCGGACGCAUGCCAGGAGUCGCUGCCUCGGCGCCAAUCAAGGGGCGAGUAGAACGCGCUCGAACCGCCGCCACCGACCGCUGGUGACGCCACUCCGGAGGUUCGGGCUGCUAUAUAUGCGCGCUUUAAUACCCAGCGUGGCAUGGUUCUGCUGGUGGACGCGGCUCUCUGGUGGCGAAUCGUAGGGUCGAUGCGCAAGGAUCGUAUGGAAACCCACCUCGCCGUACACAGCGGGUACAUCCAGGGUAUUUAUCCACUAUCGGUAUAGCACUAAUCUAAACGCCAUUGCGUCGAUUUGUCACGAUGUGCGGUGGAAACCUACAACAGGACCAGCGUAGCAGGUUAUAUCUGUCAAAUCAAACUGUUCUUCUUGUCAGGUGAAACCCAAUUGGCUGCCCACCACUUGAGACUCCGAGGUAACACACGACACAUGGUGACGCGGAGUCUCACACUGCCUUGCGUUAAAUGAAAGAUUGAACAUGAAAAGCACCGCUCUCCGUCUAAAAGAUACGAUCUGUUCAACGUUUUCCCCGCGUAAUUGCACCGAGAUCCCGCCGGAUUGUGUGUGUGUCGGCAGAGAGUUGAUGCGGGAGGUGCAGGCGGAGGAGAGACACGGGAGAGUUGCUGCCAUAGCUACGAGGCAUGAUCGCUCUUCCUCAGUUAUGGACUCGAGCGUUAUGUGAGCAGCACCCUUGGAAGUCUGUUAAGCUAUGGACAAAGACUGGCGUGGACACUUUGCUUGAGGGAUGAUGUGGAGGUAUAGCCGCACAGGGAAUCGAUCAGUCCCCGUGGAAUCCUAGGAUACAGGUCUGUCACUCAGAGACCGGGACGUUGCAUCCUCUCCGUUGAAACCCUUCUCUCAGGUAAACCGAUUUGAUCCUACUUAUCGAGCCUGGGAAAUCGGAAACACCGCAACCCUCAUCCCGUUCCCCGUCCCCAAGUACGGCUGACGUCUAUCGCCCUGCCUAACCGAGUCCCGAUGUAGGCCGACUCAAGUUGUUCCCCGAAGUGACCAUCAUCUGGAAGUCCUGUACUUUUGGACCAACCUGACCGGGCAGGAUUUGUCCCCUGCAAGAGUGUCCAGCAUGGAAACCCCUCCCAACGCCACGCCACAACCCUUCAGACAGGCAAGCUUCCUUAACCGACGCCUGAAGGGCUCCAUCAAGAGAGCCAAGAGCCAGCCCAAACUGGACCGGACCAGCAGCUUCCGACAGAUGAUUCUACCCCGCUUCCGCAGCGCGGACCAGGAAAGGACCCGCCUGAUGCAGAGCUUCAAGGAGUCCCACUCCCACGAGUCGCUGCUGUCCCCCAGCAGCGCGGCCGAGGCUCUGGACCUGGUCCUGGACGAGGAGGCCGUCAUCAAGCCCGUCCACUCCAGCAUCCUGGGCCAGGAGUACUGCUUCGAGGUCACCACCAACUCUGGGACAAAAUGUUUCGCCUGCCGGUCGGCCUCGGAGAGAGACAAGUGGAUCGAGAAUCUGCAGCGAGCGGUUCGGCCCAACAAGGACAACAGCCGGCGGGUGGAGAACGUGCUGAAGCUGUGGAUCAUCGAGGCGCGCGACCUGCCCACCAAGAAGCGCUACUACUGCGAGCUGUGUCUGGACGACAUGCUGUACGCCCGCACCACCAGCAAGCCCCGCACGGACACCGUGUUCUGGGGCGAGCACUUUGAGUUCAACAACCUGCCCACCAUCCGCAGCCUCCGCUUCCACCUCUACAAGGAGACGGAUAAGAAGAGACGCAAGGAGAAGAGCACCUACCUGGGGCUCGUCAGCAUCCCCAUCUCCAGCAUCACCGGCCGCCACUUUGUGGAGCAGUGGUACCCGGUCAUCCAGUCCAGCGUGCUGGCCAAGAGCGGGGGCGUGGGCAGCGGCAAGGUGAUCAACGCCUCGCUGCGCGUCAAGUCGCGCUACCAGACCAUGAGCAUCCUGCCCAUAGAGCUGUACAAGGAGUUUGCAGAGUACGUCACCAACAACUACCGCACGCUGUGCGCCGUGCUGGAGCCGCUGCUCAGUGUCAAGAGCAAGGAGGAGGUGGCGUUCGCCCUCGUGCACAUCCUGCAGAGCACGGGCAAGACCAAGGAGUUCCUGUCAGACAUGGCGAUGUGUGAGGUGGACCGCUUCAUGGACCGGGAGCACCUGAUCUUCAGGGAGAACACCCUGGCCACCAAGGCUGUGGAGGAGUACCUGAAGCUGAUAGGACACCGAUACCUCAAAGACGCUAUAGGCGAUUUCAUCCGAGCUCUGUACGAGUCUGAGGAGAACUGCGAGGUGGACCCCAUGCGCGUCCCCCCGUCCGUGCUGGCGGACCACCAAGCCAACCUGCGGAUGUGCUGCGAGCUGGCUCUCUGCAAGGUCAUCAACUCCCUCUGCAUAUUCCCGCGGGAGCUGAAGGAGGUGUUUGCGUCGUGGCGGGCGCGCUGCGCCGAGCGCGGCCGUGAGGACCUGGCCGACACGCUCAUCAGCUCCUCGCUGUUCCUGCGCUUCAUGUGCCCCGCCAUCAUGUCGCCGUCGCUGUUCAACCUCACACAGGAGUACCCCGCCGAGCGCACCUCGCGCACCCUCACCCUCAUCGCCAAGGUCAUCCAGAACCUGGCCAACUUCAGCAAGUUCGGACCCAAGGAGGAGUACCUGUACUUCAUGAACGAGUUCCUGGAGAUGGAGUGGGGUGCCAUGCAGCAGUUCCUCUACGAGAUCUCCAACAUGGAGGCGGGGGGCAACGCCGGGGGCUUCGAGGGCUACAUCGACCUGGGACGGGAGCUGUCCGUGCUGCACAGCCUGCUGUGGGAGGUCAUGGGUCAGCUCAGCAAGGAUGCCAUCCUAAAACUGGGGCCCCUUCCUCGCCUGCUGAACGACAUCAGCGUGGCCCUGAGGAACCCCCAGCUGCACAUGUCGGCCAAUCACCAGCCAGACACCCAGAAGGACCGCCUCUUCUCGAGACCCUCCUUCAGCCGCAUGAUGUCCUCAGACUUCCAGAACCUCAUGAUGCGAGAUCUGAACAGCUCCAUAGACAUCUCCCGGCUGCCCUCCCCCACCACGGGUCUGUCGGCCGUGGAGGCGCUGUCCUCCCACCUCAACAUGCGGCGCAGCGCCGAGAGGGACCUGCGCUCCAACUCCAGGGAGGUGUUCUACGUCACGCGGCCGCCCCUGGCCCGCUCCAGCCCCGCCUACUGCACCAGCAGCUCAGACAUCACCGAGCCCGACCCCAAGGUCCACAGCGUCAACAAGAGCGUGUCCAUGAUGGACCUGCAGGACUCGCGCAUGAACAGCAUCUCCAACCUCAACUCGGUGGGGGAGAUGCUCACCUCCUCCCAGGCCUCCAUCGCCGGCCUGGGCCACAGCUUCGGCAACCUGGGCGGGGGCGGGGGUCCGCUGCGCAUGGGGGGCGGCGGCGGCGGCGGGUCCAGCGGGUCGGGCCUGCGUCACGGCCAGAUGGGCCACAUCGGCGGCCCCACCGAGUCGCUGUCGCAGCAGCAGCAGGCGGCGGCCGCCGCCAUGCACUACCCCCUCUCCUUCCAGAACCCCCUGUUCCACCUGGCCUCGCAGAACUCCCCGGCCCACCCGCACCCCCACGCCCACGCCCACGCCCACCCCCACGGCCAGCCGCAGCACGCCCCGCCCCCCGUGCUGCUCGCCCCCGAGCCGGAGAACGGCCACCUGGACUACGGCGGACCGGCGGCGGCGGCGGCCUUCGGGAACAGCGCCUUCUCCCGCAGCGAGGACCUGUCGGCGCUGCGCUCGCAGACCAGCCUGGUGCAGCCCAGCAUCGUCCACUCGCACAGCUACAGCGAUGACUUCACCCGGCAGAACACGGGCCAGGGCCAGAGCCUGGGCCAGAACGACUUCGCCUGGCGCCAGCUCUCCCUGCAGGUCCAGGAGUCCCUGCAGCAGCAGAUGAUGAUGGGCAUGGCCCCCCAGACCUCCACGGGCACGGGCACCCCCGCCUCCCUGGCCACGCCCCCCACCACCGUGCUGCACCACGCCCGCCAGGCGUCCAUGGCGGGCUCGGGGCCGUCGCCGGGCCAGCACCUGCGCUCGCAGCGCUCCGUCAACACGGCCACGCCCCCUCGGGCCCGCCCCCAGAGCAGGAACCUCCUCCUGGAGUCGCCCGACACCAGCUUCGCCGGCAUGCCCCGCCAGCCCAUGCCCCGCCCGUUGCAGACUCAGGCGUCGCAGCAGCAGCCGCAGCCGCUGCAGCCGUCGCCACAGCAACAGCAGCAGUCGCAUCAUCAACAGCAUCAACAGCAUCAACAGCAGCAACAUCAACAACAGCAACAGCUUCAACAGCAGCAGCUUCAGCAGCAGCAGCUUCAACAGCAGCAGCUUCAACAGCAGCAGCUUCAACAGCAGCAGCUUCAACAGCAGCAGCUUCAACAGCAUCAACAGCAACAACAACUUCAACAACAGCAACAGCAGCAGCAACAACAACAACAACAACAGCAGCAACAACAACAACAACAGCAGCAACAGCAACAGCAACAGCAGCAACAGCAACAGCAGCAACAGGAGUCCCAGAAUGCCGUGACGGAGAGCCCAGCUCCGGGCCUGCCAUACCAGACCAGCUCGGUCAGGGAGACCCAGGGGGCGGGGCCUGGGGCGGGGGCGGGGGCGGGGGAGGAGUCAACGGACACGCCCACUAAGAGCAGCAAGAAAGCCGCCCCCUCGCAGCUCCAGCCUCCCCAGCCACACCUGUUGAAGCCGGUGGCCGGUAAACAGGCGUCCCCGUCGACCUUGGCCACGCCUGGCCUCAACGAGCGGACGGUGGCCUGGGUGUCCAACAUGCCCCACCUCUCGGCCGACAUCGAGAGCCUGCGGCCCGACCGCGAGAACCAGCUGAAGGAGUACUCCAAGAGCAUGGACGAAUCCCGGCUGGAAAGGGCGCGGGAGUACGAGGAGGAGAUCUACUCGCUGAAGGAGCGUCUGAAGAUGUCCCACCGUAAGCUGGAGGAGUACGAGCAGCGGCUGGUGAGCCAGGAGCAGACCACAAGCAAGAUCCUGCAGCAGUACCAGAGCCGGCUGGACGACAGCGAGCGGCGCCUCAAGCAGCAGCAGGUGGAGAAGGACAGCCAGCUGAAGGGCAUCAUCAACAGACUCAUGGCGGUGGAAGACGAGCUGAGAGUGGGAGUGGUUCCUGAUAUCAAGUCUCGAAUCCUCACCGACCAGCUUGUCAACCAGAACUAUGGAUCAUGACUCACGGAGGUCUGAGACUCUUCUCUCAGCCUUCUCCUCCUCCUGACUAUAUACUCAAUAUUAUCAUCAUCUAUUCAUCAUUUGUCAAUUUUCCACCACACCUGCUCAGAGUUCAACCUGCUUAACAUAACCAUCAAAGAACUGGAGUGGUUGCCGGGAAACAACAACAACAACAAAGCAGGAAAUGACAAAGGGGACGACACCUAACAUAUUGUAGAAACUUUUGCACAAUUAUACAAAGAACUCGACAAUCAGUUAAGCGAGAGCGCCGAGGUGUGCGAACGCGUCCGUCUGCACCGGUCCACCUGACGACGAGCCAGCGCUUAACGGACCGCCACGGCUUGAUAACCGGUAGCCGAACGAUACGAACGAUCUGCGAAUUAUCGGGGACCCUGUGUCUUAAAGGGACAGUGUUUUUUUUUUUUUUUUUACUUUUCGGCUGAACUCUUUAGUCUUAGGAGGAAGACAAGGACAUGUUUUCCUCCGCACUCCUGCCCAACUGCUGCGUGGUCGCCGUGACAACAGGUACGCCGCUAAAGAACCGCCUGUGUACUUCUGCCGUCGUCCCACUGAAGAGCUCUGCUAGAAUGUGGAUGAAAAACAAACUGAGAGAAUAUCUUAUUCUUUAUAAAUAGGUUUGAUGAGGGGAAACGAUGCGUUUUACUUUAGCCUUUCGAGUCACUCAACGAUUAUUGUAAUAUGUAGAUGAUUGAUUUGAAACGAUGACAUGUUUACUAAUGAGUACCAUUAUUUCUGUGGAUUACAGUGUUCAGAUUCUAAUGAGGUUUUUUGGACAAACUCUAUUUAGGUACUUAAUUGCUGCUUCAAUUAUGGCCGAACUAAACUCUAUAGUCUACAUGCAUAUACAGAAGUUUCUUGAAACUAGUGGAUGUAUAUGUCACCACACCGGAUGUAUAUAAAACCUGUACUUCUGAACGUACAGGUGUAUGAAAUUGUUUAAUUCAAAUAUUUGUAAAAAGAAAACUACAACAUUGUGUUUCCAACUCUUGGAAACUGAACUCUCUGGCACUAGUAAUGCAUUUUUUUUCGGUUUACGCAAUUUAUUAGAUAGAAAGAUCUUCAUUAAACCACUUGACUUGUGAUGCACAGGUGUAUUUACAGUUAUACAUUUUAAAUAACAGCAGUGUUUACAGAUAGUUUAUCAAGACAAGAAAAAGACUUGAAUACAUACAACAUACAUACCGCAAACAUAUACAUAAUGAAAUGUAUACAUGUAUUAUAUAUAUAGUUAGCUUGUAAAAUAAUAAUAUUAUUAUAAUGAAAUAAUUAUUUAAAUAAUGGACUUUUAUUUUGGAAGCUGAAGAUCCUCAGGAAGUGUCAGAAUCUGAGGGUGCACCUUUGGUCCUUUGUCUAAGGGGUGACGAGUCGAGCCCUGAUUCAGCAUCUCGUGUGUUUACACUUGAACUGAGAACUAAUAGCUACGGGCCAAACCUAGCAAAGCACUAAAAGCUAUGACUAAAAUCAAUAAAAUCAUAAAGUUACAACCACAAGGCCGAGUUUAUAUCCUGACAUUUUCAAGUAGGCGUCUCCUUGACAUUUGUGUAAUAGAUAUUUUGUAUUUAUCCUUUUUUCUUUUUUUUGUUGUUUUAGCUUUGAUUUACUUUUGCUUUUGAUGAAUCAUCUUUUUGCCGCAUUGUAUAAAAGCUAAUUAUUAUUAUUAUUAUAAUUAUUAUCAUUAUCAUUAUUAUCAUCAUACAGAACAGUAUUUUAGCCAGUAGUUAGUUACUUUAAUGUUCUCUUCUAAAUAUAGAUGUGCAACACUUCUGCAUGUGCUUCAUAGAUGUACGGAAGAGCAUAAACUGAACUGUAUCGCGCAUCACUCCUUCCAGCAAACGAGAGGGCUGGGCGCAACAGACUGAUUCAGUAUUUACAUAUUAUAUAAAGAUUUAACAUUGAUUUGUUUUGUUUUGAAUCUAACCUGGUGACUCCUCGGUUUUUUGGGAGAGACCGGACAUUCUGCCUUUUAAAAUAUAUGAAUUUAAUGUGAUAUUAACAGAGACGUAAAGAUUGUGUGGAAGAGAGAGAAAACAAUAGCACAACGAUGGAUUACAUAGGGUAGAAUCUGCAAGACGUGCGUUAAGGAGCUGACUGCCUUAUAGUUUGGUGCCACAUGGCCAUGAUCGCCAAUAUACAAAAGAAAACGCGACUUUGUAUAUUUUAUGUCUUUUUUAUAGUAAGGUGCGAAAUACAUAAGCAGUGUGUGUUACCUGGCUUUGUACGUAGGCUUGAAUAAUUUAUAUUUCAGAUUGCAUUAUUGAUAUUACUUAUCCUGACCAUUGCCUUUACAAAGCCAAAUAUAAAUUAUACAGAUUAUAUUCAUGGUACUGGGAAAACAAAGCCUUCAAAUAACAAAAUGGCCUACACAUUUAACGAUACAGAUGUAUUUUAGAUACACUGUAAAGACCAGGGUAUUUUGGCACACUAAAUUCAUGGUAACUUUAUUGCUUUCAAAGCUUCUCCUUGCUGCCAUCCUUGAAACAAUAAUGGAGCGAACCUGUGAAUGUAAUUAUGGAAUGGCAGCCGUACGUGAACCACAUUUACAUAUACAGUUAAACAUUUAUCCAAGGCGGGGGUUCAAAUAGUACAUUGCUUUCCAGGCCCUUCUAUACCUUUGGAUUGCCACAACAGUUUAUGGUUAUUUAUGGAGUGUAUUGCAAUAAAGCAUAUUACAAUUGUUUGAAAAACAAUACUUUAAUGCCCUGAGCAAGGAAAAGAUGGCGUAUGGGAUGAGUCUAUCAAGGUUCAACUGUCCUGUGUGGAUAUGUUGAAUCUGCAGUAGUGCCGCAUAAAACCUCUUAAAUUGUGCCCUUGUCGACUUUUUUUCUCUUGGGUUAUUUUUAGAAUAUUCCUGACUUUGAUAUACACUCUGCCAAUCCCUGCGGAACGACCGGAUUCUAAUUGGCCAAAAAGAAUCCACUAUUUUUCUUUUAAUUGAAUGGACGACAGGAAGAUGGUGAGCUCAUGUCAGAACUUAGCGGUAAGCAGAACACAAAGGUGGAUAUACCUUGUGAGCUUGCUGACUCAUUGCUCCCUGUGGUACUUAAAAACCUCAAUUUUCAGUAGUUUGUUUUUUAUGGUUUUCCUCCUAUUUUAGCUAGAUUUGUGAAGUGUGAACUGUAGGCCUACAUCUCAAUGGAAUGUCAUGUUUGCUGAGGUAAAUUAGUUGUUUUUUAAGAAAUACUGCUGGCAAAACAUUUAGUUUGACCUAAAAUACCAAAUUAAAUAAAUGGAGACACAAAAUAAUUGUAAUGCAUUGUGAUAGCUUCUCCUGAGUGUAGGUGAUUUAGCACUAGACAGUUUUGUCAUUUGAAGAUGAACGACUUUUCGAUUCAAAACUGUGAUAAUCAUUUUAAAAGCACUAUGGGAUACUAACUAUUAAAGUUUGUUAUUUGAAAGCAUUCUUAACCUUCAGAAUUGAAUGAAUAUAUGAAGUGUGUGUGUGUGUGUAUAUAUAUGUAUACAUAAAUAUAUACAUAUACAUACUGGAAUCAUUGUUUUUGUGAAACAAACUCCAUCGCACUCGGGAGUGAGACAAAAUGGUGACCUGGCAGCUAAUAGCUACAACUGGCUAUGGUGUCACAAGCUAGCUAACAUGGCGUGGUUUGGAACUUAAGUUAAGUCCUACUGGAUGUUAAACCUUAAAAGGACUUGAUGUUUUCUUUUUGAAAAUAAGCCAUGCUUCCCCCCCCCCCCCCCCCCUCCUUUGAAUUAAGCCAUAUUCUCGAUUCCCCCCCCACCCCUUCCCCUCAAAACUGAUGUGUUGUGUGGUGAAUGUUAUGUUGUCGUUGGUAGCUUAUUUCACAAUGAUAACUAUCGUAGGUUUAUUCAUGCUUCAUAUUAUUACUAGUGUAAGUAUAUAUGAUUGAUAUGGUUUGUUAUGUUUUUAGUAAAGAGAAUGUAUUCAUUUUCUCCUGUGACAUUCAUUUACCCGGUGAUUUCAGUAAAUUAAUAAAUCCAUAAAGUAUUUCAAAGUU